AUGAAGAGCCAAGUUCUUGCUUCCAUCGGCCUCUUUGCCGCAUCUGCCUUUUCCCAGGCCGUUAUUGACAGCGGCACUGGAUUUGGAACCUACUACUACGAUGUCGAGCAGGUACAAGCUUGCGGCACCAGCUUUGCCAACCAAAACCUCGGCUUCGUUGAGUGCAACUUUUUCACUGGUCUCUCUUUGGAUCAGAUCAACAGCAACAACCUCGUUGCCAUGAACCACACUCAAAUUGCCGGCAACCUGGCUGAUUACUGUGGAAAGCGUGUCAUCGUCACCGUCAACGGUGUCCAGUCGGAUCUCCCGCUCUUUAUUGGUGACGGAUGCCAGCGUUGCGGCACUGGCUCCAAGACCAACACUGUCUGGAACCCCAACGGUGCUCCUGGACUGGACUUCAGCUACUCCGUCCUCAGUGAGCUUAACAGCAACGCAUGCUUCGCCGGACACAUUGACAUCUCCUGGGAGAUUGUUGAUGAGACCCUUUACGAUUUCGACACCAAUGCUCCUGGUCAACCCACCGGCCCUGUCAACCAGCGCCGCUCUGUCGACAAGCGGUCUGAGCGAGCCACCCGCCGACGCCGUUAG